UGAAAAAUUCUUUUAUUUUAGAUGCAAAUGUAACGACUGCUUCUGUUAAAAAAAAAAUAAUAAUUGACAAAGUAUGCAAAAAUCUGCACACAAUGUAAAGGAAUGGGAAAAAGAAAUUCAAAGAUAAAAUGGGAUUAUGAUUCUUCCACAGAAUGCUUGACUGAUCAAUCAAAAAACUACUACGAGGAAGUGUUUUCACCACAGUCCUCCACUGGUGUUUGUGCACCUAUUGUGGGGUAUGAAAUCCUAAAGAAAAGAAAAACGUACUCCGUUUACAAAUUGCAUGUAAUUGUUGGUGGAAACAGUUGGUUUGUUUACAGAACUUAUAAAGACUUUUUUCUACUACAUAGAAAGCUAUGCAAAGAGUUUCCAAGUUUUUGUGUCAAACUACCAAAGAAAAAGAAGUUUGGGAGUAAAUUUUCUAAAGAUUAUUUGCAAUGCAUGCGUAGGGAGUUGCAAAUUUAUUUCGAAGUUUUAAUGCAACAUGACAGCAUCAGCAACAGUGAUGUAAUAAAGGACUUUUUAAGACUACUCGAUCCACCUGGACCGUACGAAAGUAUAGACCAAAGUAGAACGUUCUGUGAAGAACUCCAACAGUCUGUGACAUGUUUGGGUGAUAAAAUAAAAGAACUAGAAAGGGAGUUGAAAAUGUCAAAUUACAAACUUACCGAGGCAAUAGUUCGACAGAAACAUUUAGAGAUGAAAUUAGCUGAAGAAAAAGAAAGAACUGCAAAGUUAGUGGUUGACAAAAAUGACCUCGAGAAACGAAUUGUGGUUUUUCCAGAAUUGACAGAAGUAAAGAAUUUUGAACGUAAUGAAGCUAGCAUAUACUCAUAGCCAUAUUUGACUCCUUCUGGUUCAUUUUCUCUAUUUUUUAGUUAUAUUUAUGACGUAAUUUUGAUAGACUAUACAAAACGUUAAGCUCAUAAAAUUGCUAUUCGCGAACGUUUGCAAUUUUGAAGUUCAGGAAAUUGAGUUCUCUCGAAUUCAAACCUUAAGGUUUUUCGCGAAUUCCCUUUUCUUUGCAAAAACAAACUUAUGAUAACUUAUUUUUAAUUUGAUUUAAUUUCAAGGAAUGUGGUACAAUUUAAAUGUAAAAAAUAUCUUAUUUUUUAUUCGCGGAUUCGCGAAAAUUAAUUCCCCCAUAUCUAUUCCCUUACGGUACUUUUCGAAUGUUUAAAUUUUGAAUGUUACGAGAUUACCAAUGGCUUUCUAAAAUUAACCAAUCAUUUUUCAUUGUCCACGGUAAAAUAUAUCCUACGACAGUGAUCUUCAACAAGGUGUACUUUUAAAUUAUCUUUUCAAUUUUAUGCGUCUGUUGUGCAAUAUUUGUCCUACCUUCUUAUUUGUACUUGAAUUUUUAUAAAUUUGUAGCUUAAUAUAUGUAAAUUUAUUUUGUUAAUAUUUUAAAUUAUUCGCAUACAUUAUCGGACAGUAGAUUUUAGUAAAUAAAUUAUACCAUUAUUUUCAAUUUAAUUUUUCUGAAAUAUUUUAUGUGUUUAUUUUGGAAUAUUUUUCACGUUAAAAAUUUUGGUAACGAAAUUAGACAGGUGUAGAUGUUUGGUAACACAACAUUUUGUUUGUGUUACCGCUACUAACGACUCUCUCUUUCUCGUAAACUUAUCGUUGUUACGAAAUGUCAGUGAAACCCAAGUACCUUAUUCUUUAGAUACUUAAUUAGGGUGGUCACACCUCCUAAAAUCUUCUAAAUAACCAAAAAAAGAAGGCACUCCUAAAAUCUCUUGAAAAACAUAAAAUUUGGAUCCAAUGAACAUUUUUUUAUCUUGCAACAGGACUGAUGAAUUAUUUUUAGACAAGUCGUAAGGCCGUGGAAAAAUCCACAGGAAUUCACCCGUCGGAUAAAUACCGGCAAAAAUUCACCCCGUCGCUAUAUAAUAUAUUGUUAAAAGUGCUACAAAAGAUAUAUCUCCAACAAUUAGCCUUAGGGUUCUUUGGGCUUAUCGCGUAAAUACGACCAACAAAUAUAUAACAAGCCGUUCGCCCGUCGGAAAAACCCACGGGAAUUUACCCGUCGGAAAAUCCACGGGAAUUCACCCGCCGGAAACCUGCGGACAUUACCCUUGUCGCUACUCGGCAACUGCAAUCUUUUGCUUACACACAGAAAUUAUUUAAUUAUUAUAAUUAGUUACUGCAAUUUAUAAUGAACAACCUCUCUGGCAUUUAAAAAGGUUGGCUAAACCUUUUUAAAUAUUGAAUGGUUUUUAUACGGUGUUUUCUUGUAAAUUUAACCAAAAAAUUAAGUUCUAAAGUUAUGAAGUUCACUUUUUUUGAAAUAUUAAGUUUUGAUAUUUUUUGUACAUAGCUGUUGUUUCAAGUUUUUAUAUUUUUUCUUGUAAUAGACGUCCAAUUUAUUGUA